AUGUUCUCCUCCGCGGAUGAGGAGUCGGAUGACGACCAGCCACAAGACACUAUUGCUGUAGCCGGGCCUUCCGCCCCUUCUGGGUUUUCACAAUCCAACGCUCGCGGUCCGAUUGUCCAGCCAGGCGCUCCUCAGCUACUUGACGGUACGAGCCAAUCAUGGAUAGAUUUCACCCAUGUAGACCUUGCUGGGUUUCACAAACCGAAAGCAUGGUCUACGCACAUGAUCACUGCCUGGUGGUGGCAUUUCGGCGGCGCUAUUGAAGAAAAUACGGAAGACACCCGCUGGUGGCUCUGUAAGCAAUGUCAUACCGAAGGAAGCAACGGCCACCGUUACAUGUAUCCGACCGAUAAGGGAGGCAGCAACGUCAAGCGUCACUUACUUGAGGUCCAUGGCCGUGCCAAAACGGGCCUUAUACCGGCCACGACCAGGCAGGUGCCAGACGUUGCACGUCGAUUUUACUGGACGAAACCGCGAAUGGUACAACCGCAGCGUUCGAUUGACCCGCCUCUUACGCAGACACCGCAUCCGCUUGAACCGCCUCAACCGCCGGAAGUGCCUGCCGUACGGACACCGCGCGAAGUCGAACCUGCACCUGUUUCACUGGCCACGCGCCAAACGAGGAGCGGGGGCAAGCGUCAAGCCGAUUAUCCGGUGGAUUCCACACCCACUGGCAAGCGCAGAGAAGGGGACGUUGCAAGGGAGACGGCGGGCGCUCCGUCCCCGCUGACUAGCCCACCUGAGCUCUUCGCCAUUCUGAGGCGGAAUUGCACCGAACAGGAAAAGCUCAAAGAGCAGCUUCAGAUAGACCUUGAUGUAAUACAAUGCAAACUGAAAGUAAGAGAGUUGGAAGUCUCUGAGCCGGAGGAGGACGAGGUCUUUUGGAAGCUGACGCUCGACGGAGCGCGUCGCAAGCGAGAUUUAAGAGCGCUCGAGGUACCGAACCCAGAAGACGAUAUCACCUACAUGAGACUCAAGCUGGACGUAGCGGAAUGCAGAAAGUGGUUGUGGCAAACAGUAUCAUUCAAUAGGAGUCAGGAUCCGUCGCUGCCGUUGCCAACGUAA